GUCUGAGCUGGAGACGAUGUCGCCCGCUGCGCCGCUGCUGCUCCUCCUGGCCGCCAAUGGCACUUCGCUGCUCGACUGCGUGUGCAGCCGCAUCGGCCGCGGUCCGAAGCGGAUCAGUUACGGCGAAAAAGUGGUGCAGAGGACUUACUGUCGGUAUAUCGACAGUUAUCCUCUGUACGAAACGUGCGAGACUUUGGAGCCGCCGUCCACUGUGGUGCCAGCUGUGGCACGCCUGGUACCGCGCAGCUGGAGCCGUGGACAGCCGCCACCUGCAGAGGGAGAUCCGCGGCCUGCAGGCACAGAGGGGCAGGGGGAGGGGGAGGGGUGCGACGGCGCCCUGGCAGCAGUUCGCCGCCUCAGGAACACCACGGCCAGCGAACUCACCAGGUGCCUCGAGAGGCGCAUCGCUGCCGACUGCAUUCGCGCCUGCUCUCUUCAGGGGUUGAACCACACGGCAUGGAACGUGGACACGCUCACGACGGAUCAUCUUAGGCGUACAGUCCUCUACCAGUUGCUGCAUGCUGUUCGGCGCAUCACAAAAGUCAUGAUCAUCAGGGACGUCUUAACUAGGAGACUUCCAUGGAAAUUAAGGGACGCUAACAAAACUGAGUUGCUGACCGAGAUGAAGGUUUACCAAGAACACGCCUCCAACUACUGGCGAGAGAAGGCGCAGCUGUUCUCACUUGGUGUGAAGCACAUCUCUCGACUCUUCGUUCCCCUCGCAUUCGAACACCUGGAAACCACUGCUAAAUCAUGGGCUGCUGUUCCACCAUGAAUUUUACCUCUCAUUUCUCGACGACUUUAGUGCACAGUGUGAGGAGCAACAGCCAAAAGCAUCACAGAUGUUUGGUCUAGCUGACGCAGUUUACUCCUUCUAUCGUGAGCACUGGUUCAAGCAAGGAGUGUACUACAGCCGGCGUA